AGUGGGUUAGGUGGGGUGUGUGGGGACCACCUCCUGGGUUGGGCUCAGAGGUCGUCCAGCAGGGCACUUGGUCCCGGGAGAAGCCGAGACGUCGGCCCUCCCAGCUUCCUAGAGAGGCCGAGAGGCCCGGGGCGGUGACGCGCUUGCGCGAUACGGGCCAGCGGAGAGCCGGGCGCGGGGCUACUGGCGCGGCCUGGGUCGUGUGGUCAGGGCACCUAGGAGCUCGCGGCCGCGGGAGUCGUCUCUUGCCAGUGACUUCUGAUGUCCCAGCAAAUGGCAUUGUCCCCAGCAGUGCUGAAGAGAUACUCCCGAGGGCCCAGCAGUGAUACAUACAACUAACGCAGACUUGCUUGCACUCUGCUGGGUAGACCUUGAACAGGAGUGAUGCCUCCAGGCAGGUGGUAUGCUGUCCAUCCAGCUCAGGCCAAGGCUUCAAGGGAGCGAGGAUGCCUUCAGAUGGUAAAGAAGGAAGAAGAGGAUGAAAGCUACACUUCAGUGCCAGCUGCCAGACCACAGACACUCAAUCGUCCUGGCCAGGAGCUGUUCCGCCAGCUCUUCAGACAGCUUCGCUACCAUGAGUCUUCUGGGCCUCUAGAGACUCUGAGCCGGCUCCGGGAGCUCUGCCGCUGGUGGCUGAGGCCAGAUGUUCUUUCAAAGGCCCAGAUUCUGGAGCUGCUGGUCCUGGAGCAGUUCCUGAGCAUCCUGCCAGGGGAGCUUCGGACCUGGGUGCAGCUGCAUGACCCUGAGAGUGGUGGGGACGUUGUGGCCUUGCUGGAAGAGCUACAGAGGGACUUCUAUGGGACACCAUGGAGGGACCCAGCCCUUGCCCAGAGCCCAGAUGUGCAUUGGAUGGGCACAGGAGCCCUGCAAGCCGCACAGAUAUGGCCCCCUGCUUCACCUCUCAGGAGCGGCUCGGCUCUGGGGGACCACCUGCAGCCUCCCUAUGAAAUAGGAGUGCGUGACUUCCUGGCUGGGCAACCCGAUCCUCCUGCUGCACAGGUUUCUGCCCUUCCCCAGAGAGAGGGAUGUUCAGGAGACCUGGUGACAGUCCAGCCUCAGGAGGCUGUGACUUUCAAGGAUGUGGAGGUGACCUUUUCCCAGGAUGAGUGGGGAUGGCUGGACGCUUCUCAGAGGAACCUAUACAGGGAUGUGAUGCUAGAGAAUUAUGGGAACGUGACUUCUUUGGUGGGGCCAUUCACCAAACCUGCUCUGAUCUCCUGGUUGGAGGCAAGGGAGCCGUGGGGCUUGAAUGUCCAGGGAGCUCAUCCUAAGGGGAGUCCAAGUGCUGCCCCUGCAGGAAAUGAGCUCCAUGUGAAAACAGACAAGUUCAUCUUAAAACAUGAACCUUUGGAAGAAGCUAUGCCAUCAGGAUGUCAUGGUGCAGCAAAUGUUUCUGAGGGAACAGGGCUCAGAGAAUCUUUUGCACAGAAGAGCAGGUUAAAGGAGCAAUGUGGAAACCCCAUACAAGUGACAGUUAAGAAAGAAGAGACCAAUUCCAGCUACGGGACAGGAAAAGACUGUGAAGAAUCGGGAAGAAGUAAUAGUCUUCAUCUAAAACAUAUUACAUGUUUGAGAGGACCCAGAAAAAAGCAGUCCCUUAAACAUGGCUAUGGCAAACACUUCAGAGGGAGUUCGUACCACUGUGAUUACAAGGAAUAUGGAAAAGGGCUCAGACGCGUGAUUGGCGGGUUUAGCCUACAUCAGAGAAUUCACGCUGGACUGAAAGGGAAGGCAAAGGAUGCGCACGGGAAGGACUUCAGCCUUAGUUCUCAUCACCAACACGGGCAGAAUCUUCACAUGGUGGGGACAUUGUAUACGUGCAGUGACUGUGGGAAGACCUUCAGUCAUAGCUCCCAUCUUGCAUGUCAUCAGCGACUUCACACUCAAGAGAAGCCGUUUAAAUGUAGGGCCUGUGGGAAAGCCUUCAGGUGGAGCUCGAACCGUGUGCGACAUGAGAAAAUUCACACUGGAUUGAAACCUUAUAAAUGCAGUUUAUGUGACAAAGCUUUCCGACGCAUGUCUGCCUACCGCCUGCACCAGGAAAUUCAUGCUAAGCAGAAAUUUCUUGAAUCUUAUCAGCACGAGGAAGCUCUCUCUUGUGGCUCAGGGUUUGAUCAUCAUUUGAGAGACCAAAAUGGGGAGAAACUCUUUGACUGUAGCCAGUGUAGGAAAUUCUUCCACUGUAAGGCAUAUAUUCUUGAACAUCAAAGGAUUCACACCCAGGAGAAACCCUAUAAAUGCAUCAAAUGUAGGAAAACAUUUAGGUGGAGGUCAAACUUCACUCGUCACAUGAGACUGCACCAGGAAGAGGAGGUCUGUGAUCCAGACAAAUGUAGAGAAGACUUUAGGCAGACCUCCAACUACAGUCAGCCCCAGAGUGCCCCCACUGUGGAGAAAGCUCUUCUGUGUCAGCAGUGUGGGAAGACCUUUAAUCAAAAGAAAGCUCUCAUUGAUCAUCAGAGAAUUCACACAGGCGAGAAACCAUACCAGUGCAGCGAAUGUGCAGAAGAGUUUCCUCAUAAGUCGGCCUUUAUCGUUCAUAAGAGGCAGCAUGCCGUCGAAAUAAAGCCUGAGGACGUGCCAUCGUUUAGUCAGGACAGAGCAUUCCAAGUUCCUCAGAGCAGUCACACCACAGAGGAACCCUACAAAUGCAGCCAGUGUGGCAAAGCCUUCCGUAAUCACUCAUUCCUCCUUAUCCAUCAGAGAGUUCAUACCAGAGAGAAGCCUUAUAAGUGCAGGGAGUGCGGGAAGUCUUUCAGAUGGAGUUCUAACCUCUCCCGACAUCAGAGGGUUCACUCUUUGGGGAAACCAUAUGAGUACCACGAAAGUGAAGAUGCUCCAAAUCUGCAGUCACAAAUACUCACUGGUGCAAAACCUUUUUGGUGCCAAGAAUGUGGGAAAAGCUUUACACGUAAAAGAAGUCUUUUAGAUCAUAAGGGAAUACACAGUGGAGAGAAACGCUAUAAAUGUAAUCUGUGUGGGAAAUCUUACGACAGAAAUUAUCGCCUUGUUAAUCAUCAGAGAAACCACACGAAAGAGAGACCAUUUAAAUGUCAGUGGUGUGGGAAAGAUUUCAUUGGAAGACAUACUCUCUGUAUUCAUCAGAGAAAACACACCAGGGUGGCCCAGUCUGAAUGCAGUGUGGCUGGGUUGUCUUCUCCCCAGGAUACAGGGGUGAGUUUACAGGAAUUAAAACCAAGUGAGGAGAAGAAGCCUCUUGAAGAUUGUGAGAAAACUUGUGAUCAGAACUCCGGACUCACUGGGCUCCAGGAUAUACCCACCGGGGGAAAGUGCCACAAAUGUACCACGUGUGGGAAAACUUUUAGCAAGAGCUCACAACUCAUUAGCCACAAGAGAUUUCAUACUCGAGAGAGGCCCUUCAAAUGCAAAGAGUGUGGGAAGACCUUCAGGUGGUCUUCAAAUUUGGCUCGGCAUAUGAAAAACCAUACCAGAGAUUAGCUUGGGGUCUGACAGUGUGGGGAGGGGGUCCUGGCUACCCUGCUAGAGAACCCCUGAUUGUAGGCAGUGUGGGGCAGACCUUCAUAGAGGGCCCAGCCCUUUCUAUUUUGGAAGCUAGUGGCAGAGAAUCCUGAGGAUUCAAAAAUGCAGGGCAGGCACCCCCAUCCUACUGCUGGAAAAUGAAAUGCUGGGGAAGAGCAGCAUCGUGUUCCAGAAGGAGGCUUGGACCCCUAGGAGUGGUCUUUGCACAAUGGCCUGGAGCUCCCCCAGCCAGAUCUCCUUCUAUAACUCUAAAGGGAGAGACCACUGCCCUUCUUGGUUCAACAAAAUGUCCAUGGCAUGGUGGGCUGUGGCUGCUGGGAAGGGGCCAGUUGGAUCCUAAGUUUCCCUUUUGAGUUUGGCUUGUGAUGGUGCCUAGUCUGUUUGACCUUAAAAGCACCAGCAGCAGUAAGAACUAGUCUCUUCUGAUGCCUCCAGGGGAGUUCUGGCUGCGGCUUCAGUCUUCACAGCUGACUUUGGAUAUUUGCCAUGGGCGUAGAGUUGUCUCAGCUGCGAGUGGAGAACAGGGUACUGGGCUUGAUCACCUGGAGAAUGAAGCUCGACCAGUGCCCCAUCGCCAUCUCUGUCCCACAGGCCUGUAUGGGCAGCAGCGGUUCAUCUGCUAAACAGAAAUGUGCUGAGCGUCUCUCAUGUGCCAGGCACUGUCGUGUGUGCCAGAGACCCAGCAGUGAGUGGAACAAAAAUUCUGCCAUCUUGGAUCUUUACAGACAAUAAACAAAUGAGAUAUAUAUAGUAUUUUGGAUGAUGAUAUGUGUUGUGGACAAAAUGAAUCAGAGUAGAGUGAGAGGGAAUGCUGGAUUGGGAGGUAGGUUGAGAUUUUAAAUGGGCUGGUCAGAGAGGGCCUCAACUGAGAAGGUGAGAUUUGAAUAAAGACCCAAAGGAGAUCAUGGAGGAAGCCCGGUAGGUCCCUAGAUGCUACAUAGGACCCUUCACAGGAGGUAGGGUCUUGUCUGGUCUCCUAGGGAAUGGCAAGUAGGCCCCUGAGCCAGAGUGGAGUGAGCCAGCUGGAAGUGAGGAACCCAGAAAGGUGGAGGGCCAAGGCUCAUGAGCAUCGUGGGUCCUCACUGGGGCUUGGCUACCUCAAAGGGAGGUAGGGGGCUUUUGGACAGUUUUGAGUUGAGGAUUAUUGUGGUCUGAAUCUGAACCCUUAUAGAAUGUAAUUCAGAUUCAGAGUCCCAUGUGUUGAGGGCCCAGGGUCAUGGCAAGGGCCUUGGAGUCAUCAGAUCUGCAUUCCAGGCUCGGUUUGUCUUUUCUUGGCAGGAUGAUCUUGAGUAAGUCACUGAGCAUCAGCAUCUAUUUCCUGGUGUGUGAAAUUAGAGUAGCUGGCUCUGCUACCUGGCUAUUGGGAUUGGUGAAAAGAAGGCUUGGUUUACUAAGAUUCUGGGUUAGGGGUCUGAUCUCUAGACCAGAGCCUUCACAGAGCUGCAGCUCCCAUGUCAGUUGAUGCUACAAGCACAGAAAUACCCCUUUACUGUCCAAAUUUUUCAUCCUCCCACUCCUUGUGUGCCACCUGGUACCUCAUAGAGUUCCUGCCCCAAUAGGGGUGUUUCUACUGCCAUUUUUAUAAAUUGAUAUAUAUUUAUUUUUAAACAUUCAAAUCAAAUUUUAAAAAAUGUAAAUGGAGUAAAAAUCAACAAAAAUCUCUCUGUAUUGAGGUAAGCCUUGAAUAUUUGGGGAUAGUGCUGAUGCAGUCUGUUCAGUAACCUGAGUUUUAAAAUAAUUUUAAUUAUAUAAGUAGUCUGUGAUUAUUAUAGAAAUAUUAGUAAAUACAGAUCAGCUGAAAGGAAAAGUCUGACUACUUGGAGCUAACUACUAAACAUCUUGGUGUAAAUCAGUGUUGGGUUUAACUUCACUGCCCUUGCCUGAAUGCCCCUGGGCGGACCUGCCCUGUGCUGUCUCCCUUCACCUUCACGCAGAGUGCCACACUCCUGUCCAAGCUGGCCCAGGUCCUUACUCUUUUAAGUCCCAGCCUUCCCUGACCUGUGUGCCUCUAAGCCCUCUCCCCAGGUCCCACCUCUCCUAAUGCCUGUAUGUUGCUCUGUUAGGUGUUGUCUGGGUUUCCAAAAGUUAUUCCCACUACUGCAGCCGGACCAAGUACUUUGGAAGCCAGGUUUGGGUGCUUAUUUAUCCUUUGGCUGGGCAGAGUAGAUUUUGCACGAAGUUGACUCUUUUAAGGAAUAUAGAACUGGAUUUAUUAUUUCAGCUAAGUCAGGAUUGGAAGUUUUUGAAGGGGUCUGUGAGUGAAAUGUUGACUAGAGACCGCCCACAAGCACGCCUGCUACUUGGGAGCCCAACCAUGGGUGGUUCCGAGUCAUAGGGCGCUCAGACAGUUUCUGACUGCCCCAGCUAUCAGUGCUCACCUCACACCCCAUCCUGGCCUGGAGAACAUACCCCUUAUUCCAGCCCUGCCCCGCCUUCUCUCCGCUUCCUAGGAAGAACUGAAGUUAGGGCCGGCGGGAGCCAGAUGGGCUGGGACUCCAUGGAGAGGAGUGGGUAUCAGGAGGUCUUUCAGGCAGGUGUUCAGUGUGGUCGGUCUCACCCUUGCUGACAGAGACUGUCAGCCCAGACAGAGGCAUGUGCAGAGAAGAAAGCGCAGGAAAUGUAAAUUGAUAUGGACCAUCUUACACUCAUAAAGUUGGCAAAUUUUUAAAAGCCAUUGUGUGGGUAAGUGUAUGGCACAUGGGAACUCACUGCCAUGGGUGUGCCAAGCAGUUUGCAACAUCUUGUAAAAUUGUGUGUACUCUACCACUUAGAAUUCUACUCUUGGAUAAACCCUAGAAUAACUCCAUGUGAAGAAGGAAAUGUGCAUAUGACUGUUCAUUGCAGCACUGUGUAGAUAGUAAGACUGGGAGAAGCCUAAAUUUCCAUCAACAGAAGAACGGGUAAAUACAUGGGUUGUUUGGUACUUUGGGAAGUGAACAUGAAAGAGCUAGAGUUACAUCUGUCAACACAGAUGAAUCAAAAAUGAUGCUGAGAAAGUUGCAGAAGCCACGAAUACCAUUUAUGUAAAGUUAAACAUACUGUGUAUCUGUGGGCGCAUUAUUUAAACUUACUUGUGUUUCACUUUUUCUGUAAAAUGAGAUAGUAGUGCCAACCUCACAGGGUGAUGGGGGGAGGGGGACAGUUAAUGAAUUAAUGCAUGUAAAGUGCUUAGAAUAGUGGCUGGCAUGUAAACCUUGUUGGCAUAUAGUAAGCAGUGUUACUCUUUUAUACAAUAAUAUAUUUCCUAUGGAUUCAAAUUAUAUGAAGAGUGUAAAAUCAUGUGUUAGAAUGAGGUGUGAAAGCCAUGCUCUGCUUUCCCAGAGCAGGAGUUGCUGAUGGAAUCACGGAGGGUACAUGGAGGCUUCAGUUGUGUUUUAUUUCUUUUAAGAAGUUGAUGUAGAUGGGUCAGCAUGUUGAUUUAAUGGGAUAAGUGGUGGGUUCUUUUUUAACUGUUUAAAACAUCUCAAAAUAAAAAUAUUUUUGAGCAUGGGCUCUGCCAUUUUAUGAUUUUAUAGAAAUCCUGGCUCUGCCAUUUAUGUGAUGUUUCUUAGAGCGAGCCACUCCAUCUCUCAAGGCUUCAGGUUCUCACCUGCAAAAAUCGGGAGCAACACAGAUGGCUCUUAGUAAAGGAGUGGUUAAACAGGUCUGAUACAUCCAUGAUAGAGAACUGGGCAGCAGUUAAAAAGAAUGGGAAUGUUCUCCAUGUAUUGACACAUGAUCCCCGAGGCCUGCAGUUUAUAGGAAAUUAUAAGCUCCAUUUCCUUUCAUUCCUCCUUGCCUAAAAAUAACAAGUGAUGCCAGAAGCUGUAGCCUUAUAAGUUUAAUGAAGAAGUGGGAGCCUGUGAAUGGAAGAUGCCGAGUCAUCCAUUCCACUUUUUUAGGUUUACAUACCAACUACCCCACCUUUUAUGUUAAUGCUAACCCAGCUAAGAAGAGCAAAGAGGUUUUGUGUCAGCAGGUUCUAGUCAGGAGCCAGAAACCAUAUUAGUUAAUUUAACAAAAAACUUGUAAAGAAUUGUUCACUAGAUCUGUCUAAGUAACUGUAAAGGCAAAAAGAGAAGGCUAGGGUAUCAUGGAGGAAGUAACUGUGAGAAGGAGCUACCACCCAGGACUGGAGGAGCUGUGAUAGAAUCUGGCCUCAUUUUGGAUGUUUGACCACUGACAGCUUUCAAGCCCUGUCCCCAUUUUGCCUCGCAUCUGGGCAAGCUGAUAAGAAAUCCCAAGCACACCCUCUCAGCUCUGAAGGGGAAGUUUAUGCAAAUCCUGGCCUUCUUUUGUUGCACUGGAAUCCUCACCCCUAACCACAAUAAAAACCAGAGCCACUCACCCCUCCUUUAUCAAGGCAAACCACCUGGCUUUGGUACCUGUCCUGCUGUCUCCACAGAGCCUCAUUAUACGAAUAAUAAACUUUUUCAUAACCUCUU